CGAUGGAGCCCACAGCCUGGGGUCGCGCCCCGCCCUGAGUGCCCCGCAGACGGCCAUGCUGCCCCGAGGGCGCCCCCGGGCGCUGGGGGCCGCCGCGCUGCUGCUGCUGCUGCUUCUGAUCGGAUUCUUGCUGUUCGGCGGGGACCUGGAGUGUGAGCGCCGCGAGCGGGGCGGCCCGGGAUCCUUCCCCUGUGCGCUGACGCCACGUAUCCCCCAAGACGGGCGGCCGCGGGAGGCUGCUGCCCGCGACCGAGACCCACAGACGGACCACCGGGGCCACAACCGCUCGGACUGCGUCCUGUUGCGGCCCCUACCUGCCAAGUGCGAGCUCUUGCAUGUGGCAAUUGUGUGCGCAGGACAUAACAGCAGCCGAGAUGUCGUCACCCUCGUGAAGUCCAUGCUCUUCUACAGGAAAAACCCACUGCACCUCCACUUGGUGACUGAUACCGUGGCCAAGAACAUUCUGGAGACGCUCUUCCACACAUGGAUGGUGCCGGCUGUCUGGGUCAGCUUCCAUGACGCUGAUGAGCUCAAGCCCAAGGUCUCCUGGGUCCCCAACAAGCACUACUCUGGCCUCUACGGGCUAAUGAAGCUGGUGCUGCCUGGAGUCCUGCCUCCUGCCCUAGCUCGUGUUGUUGUCCUAGACACAGAUGUCACCUUCGCCUCUGACAUCGCAGAGCUCUGGGCACUCUUUGCUCACUUUUCUGACGAGCAAGUGAUCGGCCUCGUGGAGAACCAGAGCGACUGGUACCUGGGCAACCUCUGGAGGAACCACAAGCCCUGGCCUGCCUUGGGCCGGGGAUUUAACACAGGUGUGAUCCUCCUGCGGCUGGACCGGCUUCGGCAGGCUGGCUGGGAGCAGAUGUGGAAGCUGACGGCUGCACAGGAGCUCCGCACCCUGCCUGCCACCUCGCUGGCUGACCAGGACAUCUUCAAUGCUGUAAUCAAGGGGCACCCGGCGCUGGUGCAGCCCCUGCCCUGCGUCUGGAAUGUGCAGCUGUCCGACCACACGCUGGCCGAGCGCUGUUACUUGGAGGUGGCUGACAUCAAGGUGAUCCACUGGAACUCACCAAAGAAGCUGCGCGUGAAGAAUAAACACGUGGAAUUCUUCCGCAACCACUACCUGACCUUCCUGGAGUACAAUGGGAACCUGCUUCGGAGAGAGCUCUUCGGGUGCCCCAGCCCGCCCCCACCUGAGGCUGAGCAGUUGCAGCAGGCCGUGGCACAGCUCAACGCGGGAGACGCCUGCUUUGAGUUCCGGCUGCAGCAACUCACUGUGCCCCGUGUGCACCUCACUUUCCUGCCCCAUGAGCCACCGCCCUCCCGGCCCAACGAUGUCACCCUUGUGGCCCAGCUCUCCAUGGACAGGCUGCAGAUGCUGGAAGCCCUGUGCAGGCACUGGCCGGGCCCCAUGAGCCUGGCCUUGUAUCUGACAGACGCAGAGGCCCAGCAGUUCCUGCAUUUCGUCGAGACCUCGGCGGUCCUCUCUGCCCGGCAGGAUGUGGCCUACCACGUGGUGUACCGUGAGGGUCCCCUCUACCCCAUCAACCAGGUUCGCAACGUGGCCUUGGCCCAGGCCCUCACGCCUUACGUCUUCCUCAGCGACGUUGACUUCCUGCCUGCCUACUCCCUCUACGACUACCUCAGGGCCUCCAUCGAGCAGCUGGAGCUGGGUAGCAGGCGGAAGGCAGCCCUGGUGGUGCCAGCAUUCGAAACCCUGCACUACCGGUUCAGCUUCCCCAGUUCUAAGGCGGAACUGCUGGCCUUGCUGGACGCUGGCUCUCUCUACACCUUCAGGUACCACGAGUGGCCCCAGGGUCAAGCGCCCACAGACUACGCCCGCUGGCGGGAGGCUCAGGCCCCAUACCGUGUGCAAUGGGCCGCCAACUACGAGCCCUACGUGGUGGUGCCCCGUGACUGUCCCCGCUAUGACCCCCGCUUUGUGGGCUUUGGCUGGAACAAGGUGGCCCACAUUGUGGAGCUGGAUGCACAGGGAUAUGAGCUCCUGGUGCUGCCAGAGGCCUUCACCAUCCACCUGCCGCACACCCCAAGCCUUGACAGCUCCCGCUUCCGCUCUAGCACCACCUAUCACGACUGCCUGCAGGCCCUCCAGGACGAGUUCCACCAGGACUUGUCCCGCCACUAUGGGGCUGCUGCCCUCAAAUACCUCACUGCCCUGCAGCAGCCUUGA